AUGGGCGCAUUUCUCUCAAUACCAGUGCUCUCAUUUCUACUGAUACCGUCCAUGUCUUCGUACGGAACCAGCCUCAACCUGAUCUUUUUCUACCUCACCUGGACCACUCUCGUCCUAUCCCAUGGGCCAUUGAAAGUCGAGCUGGUGGGAACAACGGCCGUCCGACUAAUAUUCUACUUUAUCCCCUCUGUUCUCUUCUUCCUUUUCGAUAUUCUGAUACCUUCUGCCUCGGUCGUGUUGAAAGUGUAUGGCAAAGAUGGUUUGCCGCAAGGGAAGAAGAAGAAACACGGGAGUUCGGAGCUCAAAGUGGCGGCUUGGUCGAUCUGCAACCUGCUCUUGGGAAUAGCAGUGCAGGGACUCGUUGAAUUCUUCUUGACGAGGGUGCUGGGAGUGAAGAGCCGGUUGAGGGUGACGACGAAGCUUCCCCUGCCGUGGGAUAUUGUCAAGGGAGUAGGAAGGGCGUUGAUAUUUCGAGAGAUCCUGCAGUAUAUCGUUCAUCGCUAUGCCCUGCAUUCAUGGACUCCCUUUCAGCGCCUCCAUAAUGACUGGUACCAUUCGACGCACACUCCCUACCCCUUGACGGCCCACUACGACCAUCCUAUUGCAUAUUUACUUUUGCGUUUUCUCCCUACAUUCUUACCGGCCGCAGCGUUCAGAAGUCACCUCUUGACCUACAUGCUCUAUCUCAGCAUAGUCUCUUUGGAGGAGACCUUCGCGUAUUCGGGAUAUAAACCGAUGCCAACCAGCUUCUUUAUCGGUGGUAUAGCAAGACGCGUAGACCUACAUCUGUCGCAUGGAGGACAUGGAAACUAUGCACCUUGGGGGAUCAUGGAUUGGAUGUUUGGAACAUUGAUUGGAGAUGAACUGGAAGAUGAACCAUUAGAGUCUGACGCUCAACGCGUCGCGGAAAGGCUCGUUGAGAACAGGCCCAAGAGAGGCCACGGGAGGACUCGCAGGACGAGAGAAACUGUACAUUAA